AUGAGGUCGUUUCUUCAACUUUUGAUUCUGGCAGCUGGACUGUCCCAGGCGACAGCUAUCCCUGUACUGUCCAGAGCUGCUGGUGCUGCCAAAAACCUGAUUAUCUUUGGCGAUUCAUACUCUACUGUUGGCUUCUGGCCCGGAGGCGACUUGCCCAGCGCUGGCAACCCUCUCGGAAAUCCCUCUCUACCAGGACAAACAACGGCAAAUGGAUUGAACUGGGUGGGCCAAUUGACUAGCGUGCUGAACACUUCUACGGUCCUGACUUAUGACUUUGCUGUUACGGGCGCUACAGUUGACAAGGAAAUCGUCUCGACAUAUGCACAGUACUGUGUUGAUGAUCAGGUUGCUCAGUACAAGGAAUAUGUCGCAGACAAAAUCAGUUCUGCAGACACUCUUGUUGCAGUUUGGAUUGGUAUCAAUGAUCUCGGCGAGCCAUUCUGGAAGAAAUCAGCCGCGCCUGUUGAGAAGACCAUGGAUCGGUACUUUGAGCUCCUGAAGACUCUGUCUGAGACUGGCUUGAAGAAGUUUGCUCUUCUCAGUGUUCCUCCUUUCGCGGACCAAAUCCCAGCUAUGAACGGACAGCCUGAGUCGGACCUCAAGACGCUUCGUUCAGACAUCAUUGCCUAUAACAAAGCCCUGACUGAGCGCGCUGCUGCUUUUGCAAAGUCUGACUCAGGCAUCGAGGUGAAGGUGUUUGACACGAAACCAACUUUCAACGCCGCGGUGAAAAACUUCAAAGAGUAUGGUGCCAAAGACGCGACAUGCUAUGGCGGGAACGAUUGCCUCUGGACUGAUACUUAUCAUGCGGGUGUUGGUAUUCACAAAGCUCUAGCCAAGAACUUUGCAGAGGAUAUUAGCAAGAUUUUCACGUUCUGA